AUGGAUGAGAUCCUUGCCAAAGCAGGCUCACAGGCCGUUACGUUUGCUAUAAAAUCCGGCAUAUCGAUAGCAUCAACCUAUGCAUUAAAGACAAUAGCGAACUUUGUUAUUCAAAUCCCUAAGGAUGAUGCCAGAAGGAUAGAUCAUUUGAAGUUCAAAUUGGAAAGUCGUAUAGCUAUUGUAUCCAGUGCCAUUGAUCUAAUAAAAUUGGUGGCCGCAAGAGGGAACACGAAUUUACAGAUCACGUUGAGAUUAACUAAGGAUUUGAAGGAAGAGAUUGAUAGGUUUGAUGAAAAGAUAAAUGAAAUGACAGAAAAGGUGGAGGGUUCAAGAAGUGCGAAAACACAGAAUGAAGCUAUCAAAGCGGUGGAGAACUAUAUCAAAGACUUGUUACUAAGGAUAGAAGAAAUCACACCAUUUAUUAAUCUUUCUUUGACCACAUCAGGCGCCAACCUAAAUAGUGCACUUCCUCAUCAAAUCUCGCCAGGCUUAUUGUUACAAGCUUCUGAUUUUGUUAAUGAAAGCAAUAGAAAAUACGACGACGCCAUGAAAAGCAGUAAAAAGACAAAAGAUGACCGAAAAGAACUAAAAGUUCAAGUGGGGCCUAUAUUUGAAGUAACGUUGUUUUCCAUUUUCUAUAAUUUGACCUCAGAAAGCAAUGGACAAUCGGGGAUAGUUUGGAAGGAAGAUAUGAAACGAGCACGAAUUAGGAUAUGUAGACAAUACUCUUCAGAAAAGGAAUUCGAUUAUUUUAUGAAAAUCGAGCAAGACUUUAAUGAUGGCAGGUAUCAUGAAAAUGACGACAAGGAGGAUACACCACAGGAACUUACUAUAGAUUUGAACCAUAUGAAAAAGUUAUUUUUUAGUGUUUCCGGCAAACUUCUUCGAUUGGAAGAACAAGAUUCACCGGUGUUGGUGUUGAAAAUAAACUCUCACGGUGAUCAAGAGAACGCGACUACUGGAGCAGAGAAGCCGCCUAUCGAAGACAUUACUUGGUAUGCGGUAAGUGGAUAUGAAGAAGUAGAAAAAGACGACGACGACGACGAAGAAGAAGAAGAAGAAGAAGAAGAAGAAGAAGAAGAAGAAGAAGAAGAAGAAGAUAAUGAGGAAGGGGGCGAAAGUGGGGAAGAGGGGGAAAGUGAGGAAGAAAAACUAUUGGAAGACAAAACUUCAUCGAUCACGCUACUCGAGUACAUUGUCCGGUUGACGUCUUUGCAAAGCAACGACCAAAAAAGUAUACUGGAGGUCAGCGAUGAAAGAUUGUCCAUUUACCUGAACGAUGAAAACACCAACUCAAGAAAAGAAGGUAUCAGCAAUUCUACAAUUAAAGAAACCGAAGAGAAAUUACAAAACCUAAAACUCUAG